UGUCAAGUUAUGGGGGGCUUUGUUCAGGGGUAAAAAGAUUGUCAUCAACUGUGAUAACAGUGCUUCGGUGGCAGUCAUAAACUCUGGUAGAUCUAGGGUGGCCUUUAUGCAGGGUUGCUUACGUGAAAUAUGUUUUCAUGCUGCCAUCCACGAGUUUGAGCUGAGAGCCCGACAUAUUGAAGGUGAGCUAAACAGAAUUCCAGAUCAUUUGUCGAGAUGGCAUUUGGAUCCCUCUCAAGAAGGCAUGUUUCACGAGCUAACCAGAGGGAUGGAAGUCACAUUUCACCCGAUAGAAGAGGAGAUCUUCAAAUUCUCCCAUAGGUGGUAGUACAUAGAUGUACACUUGUGUACAUGUACUAUGUGCCCUGUAGAUGUAUAUAGUUUUCUUAAUUUAAUGCUCUUGCUUCCUUAUUUUUGUAGGGGAGGCCAUUACAAAAUUAAAGGACGAUUUAAAAAUCUCCAUGCGAGCAGCCUUCGCUGAGGGUACUUCCCGAAAUUUAGACAUACAAUGGCAAGCGUUUUUCCUUUUUUGUGAGGCCUUUCAGCGGGAACCAUUACCCGUUAACACCCAGACAAUAUGUUUAUACAUUCAAUUUUUGAGUCGAAGCAUGAAAAGUCCCGAUUCUAUUCGCAAUUAUGUCAGUGGUGUCAAAACACUUCACAUUUUAACUGACACUGAUUAUUCACAGGUAAGGCAGUUUGAAGUUAACCUAGCCUUGAGAGGUGUAGCCCGGCUCAACCCACACUGCCCCCAUAGAGCCUCCCCCAUCACUCCGCGAAUAUUGCUAGAAUUUGUGAAAUUUAUCAACUUCUCUGAUCCUUUACAUGCAACCUUGUGGUGCAGUUUUUUGUUGUCUUUUUAUGUAAUGAUUAGAAAAUCCAACAUCGUCGCCUCCAGUGGGGGUUUCAAACCAGAGCAAAUUUUAUUGAGGCAGGAUAUCUCAGUGCAGGGUGAUAUGUUAAUGGUCUGUUUAAAAUGGUCCAAAACCAACCAAUUUGGUAAAAGAAAGCAUGUCAUUCCUUUAAUCAGAAUUCCCUCCUCCAAAUUAUGCCCAGUUCUCGCCUUUCACAAUAUGUGUGACCUAGUUCCAGCCCCUCCCGAGGCCCCAGCCUUUUCCAUGCCCGGGACUCGAUCCAAACCUAUCUCAUAUUCAUGUUUCCAAAAAUUUUUAAAAUUUUUGAUUGUCCAGACAGGCAGGGACCCAGCCCUUUUCUCUUCCCACAGUUUUCGGAGGGGAGGGGCCACUUGGGCCUUCCAAUCCAAUGUUCCAGGGGAACUCAUACAACUACAAGGGGAUUGGGCCAGUGAUGCCUAUAAGAUUUAUUUAGAUCAUUCCCUAGAGCAGAAAAUGCAAGUGGCUAACUUUGUAAAAAAUUCCAUCAUCACCUUUCAAGCUGCUUUUUACAAAUAAUCAUUUGGUCAUCCUUUUUGGGGCCGAGGGCUUGGUGGUUUAAUAUAAAAUUUAGAGAACUUUUGCUUAUCUAUUGUAUGUAAUAUUACUAUUUGGUGCUAUUUGUGCGAGAGUGGAAACUUGUAUAGUAUGUUUGAUGUGCUUAAUUAAUAUAACAAAUUUAAUUUAUUGAUUGUCUGCCUUAUAGGGCUCAUAUGUAAAUUAAAUUAUUCUCAUAUUUGUAGCCCUUUCACCCUGUUCAGAAUUUAUGGCGAUUUAUCAUGAAUGGACUUUAAUGUGACUCUAUAGUUCGAUCUGGGGUGAAAGGGCUUUUUGUAUUGUAUUAUUUAGUUUCAUUAAAUGCCAAAACUAAAA